AUGUCGGUGAACGAUCAACCCCCCUCUGUGGACGUAACAAUCUCCCUACGCGCAAGCCAACCUGCUGCGGACCUUCAGAGCCUGGACCAGCGAUUGAAGCACCUCUCAGACGACGUGCUGCCUCCUCACCCCUACCUCUUGACCCUCCCGACGAAGGUGCCAUUUCGCCUGGGUCCCCGCUCCGCGAACAAUUGGGCGGUAGGACAUGACCGGCCGUUCACCCCCGAGGAACAGGAGCUUCAAUACAUGACCUUUCUGACCCACAGUGAUACAGACUCAUUACUGAAGGCUGUUGGAGACUGGUCUGACGAGAAGGGGCGCAUGAUGGCCGACCGGUCCACGGCGCCGACGACCGCAGAAACCCCGAAAGACAACAUCGCCAGAAAGAAGAUUAGCUUGAACGACUACAAGAACCAAAAGAACAGCAGCCCUUCCCCGGCCGUUCAUGACCAGAAGAAUCGGGAAGGACGUUACCCGGCUACACGUGAGGAAGUACAGCAGACACCUAAGACUGGCCUUGUAAAAAAGAGCGACAAGGCCGAGCCACCUCAUUACCCUCCCAAAUCACAAUCGCAAGUCUCGCUUGAGAAGGGGCCCAAGAAACGACCGUCUACGUCUGAUCUCGAAACUGUCAGUUCCUCGGCGACCAGAGGCCAGGAUAUGCAUUCAUUCAAAAAGCGACGACUCUCUCCGGAGAAGGAGGUCCGCAGGGAUCCCACCCCAACCAAAUCCAAUUCACCGAGACUCCCCGCGCUUCUGUCCCCGACACUUCCUCCUACGGGACCUAAAUUACCCCGACUAUUAUCCCCCACACUCCCGCCAGAUGUUGAGAAAGAGCUGGCUCGGCUCGGAGAUCGUUCGCCGCCUCGUCACUCCCCUAAACGUGACACCAUAACAUCCAAACUGAAGCGAGACGAAGCAGCGCAGACCAGAACACCGAAUUCGACCAAUAGUGGCACAUUUUCAAGUCUACAGAAUGGUCGUAUGGGUGUUCUUCCCAAGGAAACUAAUCAGGAGAUGAUUGUCAGAUUGCGAUACGGGAAGGGCAACAAGAAACGGAUCGAAGCAUUACUUAAAUUCUCCGGUAAAAGGAAAUCUAAUCGGCCUGAAUCCCCGUCUAGGCAUGGCAUAGACCCAGAUGAGACCCCAGUGGAGAAAAAGAAGAAGGGGGAAAGCGGGUCCACGCGUGGGAAUGGUUCUUCUGAUCGACUAAAGCCUAAGAGCAAGCAUGAGGAAGAACUGUCUAGCUCGGGGGUUAGCCGAUCAAAAGAACCCAAAUGCUCCGUCGAGAAGCUUCCUACCCCACCACUAAAUCCGUCUCGUCAUUUGCCGGUCAAUGACAAGGUGAAGCCCAUGUUACUGACACCGGUGAAGGAUGCCAAAGCCUCGCUUCCACGACGAAACGACCUUGGGGAAGGCGAAGGAAGGACACCGGUGAACCCGACCACCAAACGCCAUUCUAUCGACCCCGGCACCAGGGGAUCUCCAUCUCAGUUGGACGGUCGUUCUCGAAACACUGAUCGUGAUCGACGGGCUUGGCGGGACGAGUUCCAACGAUUCACCAACAUUGGCCGAGAACUAAAGCAUGCUGCAGUCCGGUACAAUGCCAAGCCUGAUUCGUCCAGCGCCGAUGAAAAGUUAGCAGCCGUGACCGCCAUCGAGGCUAUCAUGGGUUUCAUUGUUGCAUUCGUGGCGGAUGAUCAAUGUAAGGUUCAUACCCGGCAAGUCGGGGAUUCCUCGACCUGGCAAUCUAUCUUGGCAUACUGGCAGGUCGUGAGGAAGAACAGUACCUCAUAUCCAGUACUGCACGGCCUCUGUCUGCUCUUGGGCGCUGUAUCCUAUGGAGCUAUUCAUUCCCUGGACCUUGAACGCCUCGCCGUCAGCCCUUUACCGGGCGAACAUACACCGGUGCCGACGCCCGGGAGUGAUGGAAAUACCGUCCUGUCCGAUGAAAACAAGAAAAGCCGGAAAGAAUUCCUCGAGCUGAAGAAUCGGCUCCCUGAAUGUUGGAAAGAAUCACAGAAACUGUGGCUAGAGGGCACUCGCAGUCUCUCCGAGGAUGUGUUGAGCACAGAGUUCCCCAAUACCUGGUCUUUGCGGUCUCAUAACCAUGGUGAACGAGGCAAAGCCACUCCCAGACCUGGGGAUUAUGCCGGUGAUUACUUCCUUCCAUUAGGAGGGACCACUUCGCCUAUCGAGGUGGUUCGCUUUGGUUGGUCUCUUCUCCAAGAGUGGUGCACACAUGAGAAGGUGGAGUGGAAUGGUCGCUUGGGUCUUUAG